GCAGCAAUGGAGCUGGGAGUAACUUGGUCCCUAAUCCUGGCUGUUAUUGUCAGCUUCCUUGUUUAUUCCUUUACAUGGCGGAGAAAACUAAGGAAAAUAAACAUGCCUCCAGGACCACCCCUCUAUCCACUGCUGGGUAAUAUGCUACAGAUAAGUGCCAAGGAAUUUCCACAGUCUCUAGUAAAGCUGAGUGAGAAAUAUGGGACAGUUUUUACUGUCUAUUUGCCCAGUAAGCCUGCUGUGAUAUUGUCGGGUUAUGACUGUAUAAAAGAGGCACUACUGGACAACAAUGAGAGUUUCGGAGCGAGAGGGGAGUCUCCACUUGGGUAUCUAUUAUUUAAAGAUUAUGGAGUCAUAUUCAGCAAUGGGGAGCGAUGGAAGCAGCUGCGUCGCUUUUCACUAAGUUGCCUAAGGGACUUUGGGAUGGGAAAAAAGAGCAUCGAGGAACGAAUACAGGAGGAGGCUCGGUGCCUUGUCGAAGAAUUAGGAAAGAAUGGUGAUACUCCAAUGGAUCCCACAUAUAUGCUAACCUUGGCAGUCUCAAAUGUCAUCUGCACAGUUGUGUUUGGAGAACGCUUCGACUAUAAAGAUGAAAAAUUUAUGACAUUGAUAUCUUUGCUUAAAAUAGUCUCUCGGGAUUUCUCCUCUGCAUGGGGUAUUCUUCUCAAUCUAUUUCCUAAUACCCUGUCCCGACUGCCAGGCCCCCCACAGAGACUCUUCAGGAACUUUGACAAACUGAAGGCAUUUGUGGCAGAAUCUUUGAAAAGCCAUCAGGAAACACUUAAUAGUGAUUGCCCACGGGACUUCAUUGAUUGUUUCCUGAUAAAGAUGGAGAAGGAGAAGAACAAUCCACAAACUGAGUUUCACUCUGACAAUCUAUUUGGGACUGUACUUGAUCUUUUUUUUGCUGGGACAGAAACUACAAGUAUAACUCUGAAAUACAGUUUCCUUAUGUUGCUUAAGUACACAGAAGUUACACGAAAGGCAAUGGAGGAAAUAGAUAACAUUAUUGGACAGGAAAGGUGUCCUUUUUAUGAAGAUCGUAUCAAAAUGCCUUACACAAAUGCUGUUAUCCAUGAGAUUCAGAGAAUGGCAGACAUCGUACCAUUAGGAGUACCUCAUGCAACCACCCAUGAUAUCAUAUUCAGAGGAUACAACAUCCCCAAGGAUACUAUAAUAUUCCCAUUGAUGACAUCAGUGCUAAAGGACCCCAAAUACUUUAAUGACCCAAAACAGUUUGACCCCGCACACUUUUUAGAUGAAAAUGGGAGCUUCAAGAAGAAUGAUGCUUUUCAGCCAUUUUCUAUUGGAAAGAGGAGCUGUCUUGGAGAAGGCUUGGCACGUAUGGAAAUAUUUCUCUUCAUUACUAGUAUUCUGCAAGCAUUUAACCUGAAGUCAGACACUGCUCCACAAGACAUAGACAUAACUCCAGAACCAGAUAAAAAUGGAGCUAUUCCAAGAACAUAUAAAAUGUAUUUUGUUCCAAAAUAAAUUACAACUGGGGCGGGGCAGGCAAUUACUUUCACUUUCCAUUCAGCAUUUUGUAGAUGUCAUUGCAAUUAUGUAUCCUGUACAUGGGCAGGUGCCAGUUUGUAGAGCAUAAACAAGAUUUGAUGAUGCAAAGCUUGUAUUAAUAAUAGUGUUUUCAAAAUGGCAGCUGCCUGCUUGCUGCAAUUGUGUACUUGCAAGACUGAGGGAAACAAGAUUUAUAUAAUUUAUGUAGUACAAUUAAAGUUUAUUUUGCUCAACUAA